CGAAAUGGCGUCGAAAAUUAAGGCCGGACCGGUGGUGGACAUUCUGGGCGAUGAGAUGACCCGCAUAAUCUGGGACUCGAUCAAGGAGAAGUUGAUCCUCCCAUUCCUCGACAUCGAGCUGCACACGUACGAUCUGGGGAUGGAAAAUCGCGACGCAACGAACGACCAGGUAACGGUGGACUGUGCGGAAGCGGUCAAGCGCUACAAUGUGGGCAUCAAGUGCGCCACCAUCACGCCGGACGAGGCACGCGUAGAAGAGUUUAAGCUGAAGCAGAUGUGGCGUUCGCCGAACGGCACGAUCCGUAACAUUCUCGGUGGUACAGUGUUCCGGGAGGCGAUCAUCUGCAAGAACAUUCCGCGGCUUGUCCCCGGAUGGGAGAAGCCCAUCAUUAUCGGUCGUCAUGCUCACGGUGAUCAGUACAAGGCGACGGACUUUGUGGUGCCCGGACCGGGUAAGCUGGAGAUGAAGUUUACCCCGGCCGACGGUAGCGAACCGCAGACGUACGUGGUGAACGAGUACAAGAGUCCGGGUGUUGCGAUGGGCAUGUACAAUCUGGAUGAUUCGAUUCGUGAUUUUGCUCACUCGUCGUUCAAGGUGGCGCUGGAUCGCAACUACCCGCUGUACCUGAGCACCAAGAACACGAUCCUGAAGCGGUACGACGGACGGUUCAAGGACAUUUUCCAGGAAAUCUACGACAAAGACUACAAGAAGCAGUUCGAGGCGCAGGGCAUCUGGUACGAGCAUCGGCUGAUUGACGAUAUGGUUGCGUACUGCAUGAAGGCCGAGGGUGGCUUUGUGUGGGCUUGCAAGAACUACGACGGCGAUGUGCAGUCGGAUACAGUUGCCCAAGGUUUUGGAUCUCUUGGACUGAUGACGUCGGUGCUGGUGUGCCCGGACGGGCGUACGGUCGAAUCGGAAGCCGCCCACGGUACCGUUACGCGGCACUACCGUCAGCAUCAGCAGGGCAAGGAAACGUCCACCAAUCCGAUUGCGUCGAUCUUUGCCUGGACGCGCGGGCUGCUGCAUCGGGCUAAGCUGGACGAUAAUGCCGAGCUGAAGAAGUUCGCCGAAACGCUCGAGAAGGUGUGCAUCGACACGAUCGAGUCGGGCUUCAUGACCAAAGAUUUGGCCAUCUGCAUCAAGGGCAUGGCGAAUGUGAAGCGCGCAGAUUACAUGGAAACGUUCGAGUUUAUGAACAAGCUGGGCGAGAAUCUGCAGGUGGCCCUCACGCAGAGUCGGCUGUAAGGAUCGGUUUUUGGU